AUGGCCCUGGAUAAACGCGACUACACAUGUGUCGUCGGCUCUCCACCUUGUGAUGAUUCUGUCCAAAAGUGGGGAAUAGCACCUUCUGGAGCAGGAUAUACUAUCCGAAAUAUGCAAACAGGGACUCACCUCUCUGUGAAAGAAAUCUGUUGCGGUACUGCCGUCUUUGCGGGGCAUUUCCCCACAGCGUGGCAAUUUAUCACCGUGAAAGUGGACGACGAAAACGCUGAAAUUAUUGAAAUCCGCUGGCCGUAUACACACUACAUGUUUGAUCUGGCCGACACUGGAAACUCAGCUCCUGGAACAAAGGUGCAGCUCAUGGACACUCAAUUAAGUCCCAUGUACCAUCGUUGUAGAUUGUGGAAGCCCAUUUUCAUGAAACACACCCGUUACUCCGUUUUGCCGGAGUGUGUUGAAGACGACACAUCAAGCACUACUACUAUAAGCGCUGCUGAUGUGCCAGAGGGAGGGGAGCUUGUUUUGGUUACGACCACCACCACAAGAACAGUGGUAACAAAAGUUCCGAAAUACUGA